AAACCCUACUUCAACCCCCCCCCUCUCUCUCUCUCAAGUCUCAACUAAACCCUAAAAUCGUAAAAGCUAUAUAAAUCCUCCACUCUUCAGCAAGUUCGGUCCACAGUCUACACUCCGCACCUCUACUUCAAGGAAAAACCUUCCUCUUCAUAAAUCAUUUUCUUCUCUGUUCGAAGUCGUAUGAGACCUCCAAGAGGCCGCGGUGGGGGUGGGUUUAGAGGCCGGAGUGAUGGAGGGAGAGGAAGAGGCAGAGGUGGUGGCGGAAGAGGUGGAGAGGGUGGCGGCAGAGGUCGUGGUGGUGGUCGCGGCGGUGGCCGGGGCGGCGGACGUGGUCGCGGUGGUCGUGGCGGUGGAAUGAAAGGUGGAAGCAAGGUCGUCAUCGAGCCCCAUAGACACGAAGGUGUUUUCAUUGCUAAGGGCAAAGAAGAUGCUCUUGUUACGAAGAAUAUGGCCCCUGGUGAAGCAGUUUAUGGCGAAAAGAGGAUUGCUGUGCAGAAUGAAGAUGGGUCGAAGGUUGAGUACAGGGUUUGGAACCCCUUCCGCUCGAAGCUGGCAGCUGCCAUUCUUGGUGGCGUUGAUAAUGUCUGGAUUGUUCCUGGGUCUCGGGUUCUCUACCUCGGUGCUGCUUCAGGAACGACGGUCUCACAUGUCUCUGACAUUGUUGGACCUACCGGAGUUGUAUAUGCCGUGGAAUUUUCUCAUAGAAGUGGUAGGGACUUGGUGAACAUGGCGAAGAAGAGAACAAAUGUUAUACCUAUCAUCGAGGAUGCUAGACAUCCUGUCAGGUAUCGAAUGUUGGUUGGCAUGGUCGAUGUCAUUUUCUCCGAUGUUGCUCAGCCAGAUCAGGCAAGGAUACUAGCACUUAAUGCCUCGUAUUUCCUGAAGAACGGAGGCCAUUUUGUCAUAUCAAUUAAGGCAAAUUGCAUAGAUUCAACGGUUCCUGCGGAGGCAGUGUUUGCCCAAGAAGUGAAGAAAUUGCAAGCGGAUCAGUUUAAACCAUCUGAACAAGUCACACUUGAGCCUUUUGAAAGAGACCAUGCUUGUGUAGUUGGUGGGUAUAGAAUGCCAAAGAAACAGAAGACUGGUGCAUAGUUUUAUUGUAUUGCUAAUUUUUGUCUCGGAACGUCGUGUAUUAGUAGUCAUUCGAGACUUCCCUCGCUAGUUUUGAAAACACUAAAUGAUUUUUACAUGUUAAUGAGUGGUACUUUUCAGCCGUGGGCUUUCGUAUAGAAUUUUGAAUUGCAAUCA